AUGACCUCUCCAAAGGACAGACGCCGCUCCUCGCUUUCGGCAGCUUUUGACCAUUUUCGUAACAAGUGUCGCAAAACGAGAAUUGACAGUCUCCUCUCUCCACCCAAGCUGGACUCUGGGACCUCCAACGAUGAAGAAGAAAGCUCUUAUUCUUCCUCUGACUCUGAAGGUGUACCUUUGACCGCCAAGUCUGGAAAUAACAGCCAUGGAGAUGGAGUCACAGAACAGACCAAAGAUGAAGAUGACAACAAAACAGAAAGCACCUCCAGAGGCUGCGAUAGCAAGUUACCCGACUUUAACUUCGAAGAUUGCUCCUUUAGCACCGGUUUUGAACUUGGAGCAGAGGAUAGCGAUACAAGCCCUGACGAGGAUAAACGACUCCUUUCCGCUCUUGCAGACUUUAAUGCUGAAGAAGCUACUGAAGUUGAGGAUUUCUCUCGCUACUUUCCUCUUUCCCAUCGACAGCGCCAUGGUCAUGGGAAGAAAGCUGAGGAGAAACAGAUUAGUCCUACUGGCAGUAUGGAUACUAGAGCUGCAGAUGCGAGUUCGUUGACAAACUUGCUGCAUUCGGAUAAUUCGGGCUCGACGCUGGAUUUUGAGGUUGGAGUGCCUUUGCAGAGGACUGUUGCGAGAGCAAACUUGCAGCAAGAGUGGACAACGCAGAUUCAGACUGAGCCGCAGACACAAGAGCAGAGUCUUGCGCGGAGCACGUAUGCUUCUUUGGAUGAGGUCGUGAGGGAUACUGUGCUAAUGAAAGGAACCGAGGCAAAGAAAGAGGAAGAGCCAGAGGGCAGAGAAAGAGAAAGGGAAGUGUCAGUAGUGAGGACGGUCGAUGGAGUGAGAUUGGAUGCUAGACCAUUGAUCAGGCAUUCGGGGACUGCAGCUCCUCCGCACAGUUCGUUACAGUUGCACACAAUCACUUCCAAUUACGAGAACUCUCUGGAUUCCACUGAUCAGUGGACUUCCAUCUCAAGACCUGUCAGAGAAGUCCCAGGAGCUCGCAAUCAAUCUCGACCCCAACUUACUUCUUGGUUCUCGUCCUCAUCUGAGUCAAGCGUCGAAGGUAUACAUCUAGGCUUACCUUCGUACCGCCGUCGCAGUGCCAUAGAGCCACAUCUCUCUCCAGCCCCAGCAGUAGGAAGAAAACGCCAUCAAACGACCCUGGAAACAAGACGCUCUGUCUCCUCUCACAUCCCAGCAUCUCACCCAUCNAAACCCCUCAACCCCACUAGCGUACCCAGAACCAGUAAACCCGACAAACCCAAAGUCAAAAAAAUCGAAUACUCACACACGCCUCCCUCCUUAACCAACCCUCCAGCACCGAAAAACUACACAACACUCUCUUCCGCCUCUUCGAUCUCUGCCUUCCACUCCACCCUAAACGCAAAACUCAACACUGCAAUCUCCACCGGCGCCAUAAAAGCAAAUCAAGUCAGCGUCAAAGAACGCGUUCGCAGACUUUCUGGGGCAAGAAGUUUGCAGCAGGGGUGGGAAGCUGGUGGUAGGGCUGUGACUGAAGGUGCGAGAAGGAUGAGUGGGUGGGGAAGAGGGAUUGGGGAAGCUGUUGUUGCGUCUGGGGGUGUGGGUGUGGACUGGGCAGAAGCAAGCAGAGAUGGAGAUGGGAGUAUUGGGGCAAGGAGUGCUGGUGUUCAUUAUGGGGGUGGGUUUGUUUGA